AUGUCGGCAAUGGAUGUAUUCUGGGCAGCUCCGCCUAUUUCAAGGACUUUGGCUACUGGGGCCUUGACUCUUUCGAUCUUGGUCUACACUCAUAUUCUCUCAGGUUAUCAUGUCAUGUUCUUAUUGCAACCUAUAUUGCAAUUCCCGCCUCAAAUAUGGCGACUGAUUUCUCCCUUUCUCGUCACUGGCCCAGACUUGGGUAUUCUCUUCGACACAUACUUUCUGUACACUUAUGGAAGCAAGCUUGAAACAGCUUCGCCUAGAUUCUCUCAACCAGGAGAUUUCUUGACAUAUGUAUUGUUUGUUUGUGCGACGAUCUUGGGAUUAAAUGUAUUCAUAACAGGUGGUGUCAUCUUUACAUCCGCAUUGGUAUUGGCUUUCGCAUAUACAUCGACACAAGAUGAUCGUGGCAUGAAAGCUACCUUUUUCGUCGUCACCAUUCCAGCACCAUGGAUUCCAUAUGCCAUGCUCCUAAUGACCUUUGUGAUGGCCGGCCCCGGCCCAGCAAAGAUUCAAGUUACCGGUCUUGUUGCCGCUCAUUUGCAUGAUUUCUUGACAAGACUUUGGCCUAUAUUUGGUGGCGGAAGAAAUUUUGUUCCAACCCCGGGUUUCAUUCGGAGAGCUUUUCAAACAACACAAACCACUGUCACUGAAAGAUCUUAUGGAACUGCGGUUGCACAACCACAACGAUCUGCCAAUGCUCCUAGCUCAUCUGGCAGUGUUCUACCAGAAUCGUGGAAGGCUCGUGGCUCAGGACAUAGAUUAGGAGGAGGUGAUUGA